ACAACCACUUUCACGUUACCGACAGCACAACUAAGACCAUCAUGCCUCCCGCAGUCGGCACCAGAAUGCAUAUGUCGCAGCCGUCCAACCCAUUCGUCAAUCUGAACCAACAACACGCGCAUUACCAGUCACAAUCACAAUCGGCACACAUCCCCAACUAUCAGUCUUUCGGCAACAGUGCACUCAAUGGCGGCAUAUCACCCUUCAAUCCGGGCGCUGCAUAUGGCGGACUGGGUGCAUCGGCAUUCAGCGCUGCAGCCGGGACGUCCACUUUCAAUGGAAGUAUUCUAGGAGGACCUGGGCAAGGCCUAGGCUCGGCAGCUGCACAAGCUGGAUUUGCAAGAGGCGCGGCGAUGCAGGAAGGCAGUCAAGUGGAAGGGAUGGGACUACCGAAGACUGGACAGGCGGCACGGAUACGUGAAGUCUGGAGGCACAAUCUGGACACUGAAAUGCACAUGCUUCGGCAGCUGGUUCAGAAAUAUCCUUACGUCGCAAUGGACGCUGAAUUUCCGGGCAUAGUGGCGAGGCCCAUUGGCAACUUUGCUGGUAGUAAAGCUGAAUACCAUUACCAAACUCUUCGGUGCAACGUGGAUAUCUUGAAGCCCAUACAGAUUGGCAUCACGCUCUACACUGCAGAUGGACAACUACCACCGCAGCAGGAUCCAGGUCUGUCACAGCAGACUGGCAAGUUCCAGGGGUACAACCAUCCGCUUGCAAAUCAGAACAUUCCUUGUACCUGGGUCUUCAACUUCUCCUUCAAUCUGGAUGAGGACAUGUAUGCCGAGUCGUCCAUUGCUUUGCUCCAAUCAGCAGGCGUCAACUUCGCUCUCCACGCUACGCAGGGCAUCGACCAUGAAACCUUUGGCGCUCUCCUUACGACUUCGGGGUUAUGCUUUAACGAAGAUGUGCAUUGGCUGUCCUUUCACUCGGGCUACGACUUUGGCUACCUGAUCAAGCUGCUGUCCAACGAUGCUCUUCCACACGAACAGACCGACUUUUUCGAUCUUGUCAAAAUCUUCUUCCCCAAGCUUUGGGACAUUAAGUUCCUCCUAAGGCAUGCACAGAAGCUACGCGCACGUGGCCAACUCUCCGAGCCUGGCCAGCAGGUUGUCGAUCAUCUAGGCUCCAAGUCGGGACUCAACGACCUUGCCGAUGAACUUGGGUGCGUACGGGUAGGAAUCGCUCACACAGCAGGUAGCGAUGCCUGGCUCACAGGUUCCGUGUUCUGGUCAUUGCGCUCCAAAAUAUUCGGAGGAGAGCUUGCCGAAGACCUCGCAGAUCAGAUCUAUGGUCUGCAUGGUGUGCCUGCUCCUGCAUCGCAGUCAUUUCGAGAUGAUUUCUACGCUGCACAAGGCACACCUGCACAGCAGACAAAUGGCAGCAGUGGCUUGACGGGGCUGGGUGGCAGUGCACCGACUUUCACUCCGAGCGGCAAUCCUUCCACGCCCACCACAAGUCAUGCGGGGCUCAACUCGCAGCAGACGCCUGGACAACAGCAAUACUCCUAUACACAUGGGCUGGGGAAUGCAUUCACGGGUAUCGGCCGAUAGCACGGGCAGCAGCAGACCAGUAGGGCCAAGGAGAAACCUCAGCAUGAAAUCAACCGAAAUGAUGAGGCAAGGCAUCAGGCACGAAUGGAAUGCGAACGUCCAGUGGCCUAUAUUGGAAACAUGAAGCCUGAAGCGCGGCCGGCAAAGCCUCGACAACGGCGCAAGAGGGCCUUUAUAUCGGGACUGUUGGGCACAGAGCCGCGUUUGCCAGUGCAGCGUAGUGCCCGUCGAAGUGCACAUUCCAGAUCAGUACGCUCUACGAGGAUAUGAAGGGGGGAGAGUUGCGUUACCAGCGUGGAGUUGGAGGAGUCUUUCAUACUGAUUGUUCAAAAUUUGGGUAUAUAUAUCGAACAGUAGACCAUAAUCAACGAUGCG